AUGGAAACCAGCACAGAAAAUCCCACAAACUCAUGGGAAAUGCCCUUAAGCCCCCCAUCCACACCACCAUCCACACCACCAUCCCGCCCAACCCCGAUUUUUUUCAUCUUCGACGCCAUGCGUACACGCUCCCAUCUCUUCUUCCGCUAUCUCUCCACCCACGCGAAAUUCCAUCCCAUUUACCAUCCUUAUCUAAACGCUGCGAUUCUAGGCGAGGAACGAUGGGCGAAACCAGCGGAAUGUUGCGAGGAGAGGAGGUUUGAGAUUUGGGAGGGGAUGAAACUUUUGCUUGUUGAUGAUACUUUUGAGAGUUUGAAUGAGGAUUUGAGGGGGCGUGUUGAGGAGGGUCAGCGAGGGGGGAGAAUUCCACUUAUCAAUGACCACAUCCCUAAUCUCCUACAAGAGGAAAUUCUCUAUGGUUUACACCGGAACACCAUGACGAUUGAAGAAGCUAUGAGGACUAAUCCCACACACACAUCCCGGAUUCCAUCUACGCGAAAUUGA